GCAGAAUUCGUUACAAAAAUAACGAAAUUUUUUCUUCUUAUUUUCAGUUGAUGAUUCGUGGCUGAAAUUUUUUGACUAUGAAUUCUGGUAAGAGUCUGUUGACUGUAUUUAGCCGUGGCUUCAUUUGGCCGUCAUCCUCCUGGUGUCGACUGCCAAGCGGACCAAGCUCGUUUCGCGCCUUGGCCAGCAUCAGCAGCAGCACGGAAGCAGGAGCGCAGCGCGACGAGCAGCAGCUGACUCCGGAAGAGCGCAACCAGCGGGCUCACGAGCAACUCAGAGUCCAGUACGAGGCUGCUCAAGAAGCAGGUGGGAAACAAUCGCACGCUGAAGGAAGUGUCGAGGAAAAGGACGCUGACGAUGAGAAGAAGAAGAAAAAGAAGGACAAAGCGCAACAGCAAGCGAGCGUCAGUGUGGCGAGCAUUCCCCGUCGCGCGGUGAUGUACGUGCCUGGCGACGACGAGAAGAAGCUGGCCAAGAUCGCGCACCUCCGCGUCGACUGUCCCGUGCUGGAGUGCGAGGACGGAGUGGCCUUUCUCCGCAAGGAAACGGCUCGCAACCUGAUCGUGCAAACACUGAACCGCGCCCCCUGGGUGCGGCAGCGCCUCUCCCAGGGCCGGGACGUGGCCGUCCGCGUCAACGCGCUGGCGUCGGGGCUGGCGGAGGCCGACCUGGCCGCCGUCCUGUCCGCCGAGCAGCUGCCUUCCACCCUGCUCAUCCCCAAAGUGGAGGACAAGGACGACGUGGAGCACAUUGCCCACCUCUUGCAGCAGCAACUGGCGGCCCGCGCCACCCCCCUGGUGUCGCCGCUGCGCCUGAUCAUGUACACGGAGAGCGCGCGCGCCCUGCUGAGUUUGCAGAAGACGCUGAAGACGGCGCUGAAGCUGGCCGACAAGAGCGAGGGACUGUUCCGCGUGGACGGCAUGGUCCUGGGCUCGGACGACCUCUGCGCCGACAUGGGCGCGCGGCGCUCCAAAGAGGCCGACGAACUGGUGUUCGCGCGGCAACACUUCCUGGCCGUUGUCAAGUCCUUCCAGCGCCAACUGCAGGCCAUCGACCUCGUCUACAUCGACUACAAAGACGCGGCGGGUUUGCAGCGGCAGGCGGAGGAGGGCGCGCGCUGGGGCUUCACCGGCAAACAAGUCAUUCAUCCCGGCCAGAUCGACGCCGUGCAGGCCGCCUUUGCGCCCUCGCAAGACCAGGUGCAGUGGGCGCAGCAGCUCACCGCGGCCUUCCAGCAGCACCAGCAGCAGGGAAAGGGAGCCUUUGUCUUUCGCGACAGCAUGAUCGAUAUGCCGCUUUUACUGCAAGCCAGAAACAUCCUGCAACAGCACGAGGUCUUCUCUAAACAACAAGAGCAAGCAGCCACUUCCGCCCAGCAGUCAGCCAGCAACACCACCAAAUCCCCGUCAAAGCCGGGAUGAACAUAAUGGAUACAAACCGAAUAGCACAGCACAGAAUUUAUCUACUAAUUCUAGCAACAAUGUUCUAAACGGGCGCGUUGAAUUAAACGGAUACUGGAAAACACUGAUUACUGUACAUCAUGUUUUGAUGAACAGAAAAAAUGAUGCGACUUUAUCUCUCGUGAUAUGUGAAAUUAUUAAGAAUGACGAGUUAAAAUUGAAUAAGAAUAAUUAGCCGG